GCAUAUAGUGGACCUCUUCCAGAUCCUAACAUCAUGGCCAGUGUUGAGAAGCUGCAAGAAAAACGCCCACAACCAGGCAUUUGCAAAAUACUGCAUGGACUUCAGGGCCUUAAUCUUGUGGACUCUAAGUUUGGCCCUGUGCCAUUUGGGUCUGUGCUCUCCUACCAGUGCCCUCUUGAGAUCAGUAGAGACCUUAUAAAACAUGCUCCUCCCCCUGAAUUUCCUCAACUGCCUGUUGAAGGUUAUCAUUUUAAAUUUCAUUACAAUUUUCAGUCCAACUAUAAGCAACAAUGCCACUUAGAAAGCCUUAUGGUGUCGAGGGAAAUCUCUGCUGCUAUUGAGGCAGAAACCCAAAAGCAGUCUGAAUGCCAGUUGUGGACCAAGGUCCGGAAACCCCGACUGACAGCCAGUAGAUUCGGCGAAAUCUACCAUGUCCGCAGGGAGUCUACUGCCAAAGCCUUAGCUGCUCGCAUUCUUAGAGGAAGUCCCCAAACAGCUGCUAUGAAAAGAGGGCUGGACUUGGAACCUGAAAUACUGAGGCAAUACUCAGAUUAUUGUGAUAUCUCUGUGAUGCAGUGUGGGAUAAUCAUCCACCCAGAUGCACCUCACCUUGCAGCUAGCCCUGAUGCUAAAGUCUUCGACCCAAGAGAAACAAUGCCAAAGAGUUGCGAUGUUGACAAUGUUUCUCAAGUUAAACACCUCUUCAAAGUUCACGGCCAGGCCUGCCUUAAGAAAAACCAUAAGUACUACUAUCAGGUUCAAGGCCAGCUGGCAUUAAGUGGACUAAUGUGGUGUGAUUUCAUAACAGAUACCAACACUGAUUUUACAGUUGAAAGAAUCUUUAGAGAUGAGGAGGUUAUAAACUCAUUGCGAAAUAAGCUGGAUUAUUUUUAUUAUAGCAGUUACAUGGAUGUAUUAUUACAUUGA